AUACAGAAUGACUCGUUUGUCGAAAUGUAGACACACAAUGGUGUGUCCGCACACAAACACACACAAGCGAAGUAGAAGUUUUGCGUCGACGAUUCGACGAGGACAAUGCGACCGGUUGUCUGCACCUCGCUCUCAUUGUUCAUCAUUGUAGCAUUGUUCUUUCAAUGGAACAUAGGAAAACCAUUCCACUCAACAGAGCGAUUGUUAUCUCGUAUAGGCCUUCACGAUUGCAGCUGUAAUUUAUGCAAGGCAGCAACCAUGGGUGAUAUUUUGUGUCCACAUAUACAUAAUCACGAAACGACCAGACGAAUCACCACAUGAAGAGGCGUGCGGUUCCAUUCGUUUCAUGCUUGCUCAUUCUCGUUCCCUUCCUUCAUUCGUCCCGUCAACCUCGGACGUAUACGCACAUACGAUUGAAUUCAGGUCCCUGUUGGCACAGCCAAGACCACAGGACAGAUUGAACGGAAGGAACAAGAAAAAAGAGACAGACAGCCAGUUUUAUUGUUUCGGUAUUGAUCAAAAACGCGGACCAACCCUUUUGCAUAAAUGUACUACGUAAUGGGAAGUGGUGUCCAAAACGUUGUGCUUCUCAUCGGUCACACAGUUAACCAGCAAACAAUUGAUUUCAAGUGUACAGCCUCCGAAUCCGAUUAAAACACCGUGUGAACAUAUACGCGAGCGUUCUGCAGGCCGAGGCUUCUGAGGAUAUACAGUUGUACGCAUAUUGUGUGUAUGUGGAGUCAAGUCUGAUUAGGUGCCAUUUGAAGACUCAAGUAUGACAGAAGUGUAACUGGUUUUCACUUUCCACCGACUCUCCCGACAAGUUUAGACUGUGCAAAAGUUCGUCGACAGACGGUUACGAAGAAAAUACUCUGGCUUCGAAUGGCCUUUAGGUUCAACGCAUGAAGACAACUGCAUUAUAUCCAAGUUUGGCAUAGCAACAACGGUACAAAUGAUGCAAGCCGAUUCGCAACAGAAUGCAGCAAACUCGUUAACCCAAUCGAAAACAUCCAGUCGCGAUGACGAAGUGACUCCAGAAAAAAGCAAAUCUGACCACCCGCCAAACGUUCAAUGGCCCACUUCUUCAUAUAAAAUCACAGUUGCAGCUAAUCAAAUUUCGGAAUCACUCACUGGAAUAUGUGACUCUGCAGAGUUUCCACUGGCUGACAAGUUGCUUUUGUUAUCUGAAGUUGCCGGAUGCAUAGUCCAACUGACGGAACACGUAACAUCAGAAGCCGAGGCCGCUAAAAUCACAAAGAACUGUGAUGAAGAAAACCAAAAAGAAAUUCCGCUGAACCUUACCAAAUCUCGGUCUGACGAUCCGUCUCCGCUGGAAACAUCGCAACGCGACUCAGUGGAAGCAGGCUGUGACGCAACUGCUCGCUUGCGGCCUGUUUCAAAUCUUCAAGAAUCCCCACCCAUAAAUGGCGAGGUUAAAACAACCGGUCCCCUUACGGAUGCUCAGGUUAUGCGUGCGCGUUGGAUCAACUCAGAAUCCGAACAUUCGAUACAACAGUUGAAGCAAUCAAGAACUAAACUGGAUGAGCUACUGCGCCUGCAAGCCGGACUCCCUUCACCACGUGUCUUUCAAACAACUUUGAGCAAGGCUGCAACAGCUUUCGAAGACGAAACUCACUCCCAUGAACUUAUGCACUUGACAAAAAUGUACGAAGUGGAAUGGGCAAAACAACUCAUGCAGCUCUAUGAAUGUCUGAGCAGAUGGCUGUGUACCUUUCUGAAUUCGUCUGAGCAGUUAGGGUCCUCGUACAGCUCCACUCCUGACGUUUUAUCUUCACUUACCCAAACCGCAAAUUGUCAAGUCCAAACUCCUUGUUCAGUUUCUCACAAUCGUACUGACACUUGCACACCCACAGAAAAGAGUGCGAACCGGGCAGUUUCAUUGGACUCACACCGGUCUCCUUGCUCGGACGCGAACCCAAGUUAUGGUAGUGCGUCGAAGAUCAAUAAUCACUCCCAACUUAGUGGCAGCCCUAAACCAUUUCUGUCUGUGUCUAGUCUACUGAACGGUGAAACACUUACGGGUAAACAAAGUGCAAUACAGCUGGCACAAAAUCCUUUCCCGCUGUCGCUACAGUCGGCCUACUCACACGAACAAGCUGUGGACACAGACCACACGGACUUGACACAAACGUCUGCUCAUACGGAUCAAUCAAUAUAUUCCACCUGUUCCAGCGCUGCUGCCCAUUUACAUACACCUGACGCUGUACGCGUAUUUGAUUUGAGUCGAGAUGCGAAGAAUGCGGUCCGAAAAACACCCAUUACUGUUACCCCAUUGAGUCCUCUGAUUCCACUCGCAGGUUUAAGCUCCAAGCCAGUGCUUCCGAACUGGAAUUUCAAGUCGGUGUCGAAGAGUGACUUUGAUAUCCAAUAUCGGAAUGGAGCCGGUGCACAACUAGAUGAGAGCAUCUUUGCAGGUUCUUGCAAGCUCUUCCCGGAGUGCAACACCACAACAAGCAGCAGCAAGUCAACGCCCUCAUCAGGCCAACGAAUCAAUGGCCCGCAGUCUCGGAAUGAGAGGACAGGUCAUAUCAAACGUCCUAUGAACGCAUUCAUGAUAUGGGCAAGAGAAGAGAGACGAAAAAUUUUGAAGGCUUGCCCGGACAUGCACAACAGUGACAUAUCGAAAUUCCUAGGCACCAAAUGGAAGGCGAUGAGCCCUGAAUCCAAGGAACCGUACUACGAGGAACAAGCUCGUCUGAGCAAGCAGCAUAUGGAAGAGCACCCCGCUUACCGAUAUCGUCCAAGACCAAAACGAACGUGCACUGUGGAUGGACGGAAGGUGCGAAUUUCAGAGUACAAGGAGCUGAUGCGUUUGAGUGGAGACGUGGGCGGGUUACAUUGGACCGACUCACCUGUUGAACAGACUCAGAAGGUGGUCGAGGGGGUCCUCGACUCUGCAUCAUUGUGAUUGUGUCUGGUCGUUCGGAUGCAUGUGAUCGCGUGGACAAGGCGGACAGGAGGCAGAGAAAGCGCCAUCCACGGAAGCUGAGCACUAUCGCAAUUAUCGAAGGGACAAAACUCAAUGAAGUUCAGUAUGAUUGCAGACAAGUUGGAGCGCAUUGGCCAGAACAGUAGCGAGAGCACAGCACGUACACUCCACCAAACACACUUGGUGCAGCGGUGUCUAGUUGACUGGGCGGAUGGUGCUACUGCGUGAUUGAUAGACAGAAGGUGGAUCGAGUACAACUUACUCGGGCUAACCAUAAUCGUAAAGAGCCAGAUAAUCAACGAAAAAAUUGGCACGGAAUCACAUCAGCCAAGUUCAUUGCGACCCUAGACAGAGCAGAAGUAGCUUGAACCAUCGGAUGAAGAGCGCAUGCGGACCAAAACACAUGAAGAGAACAGGUGGCGACGAUAAGAAAUAGCUAGUGAAAGACCACCACCGUUGAACAAUGAUUCAAAUUUUGUACAGUAUACAUAAACUAACACUCUGGAAAUGGUAUAUGUUGCUUCCUGCAAUUGCUCUGUGUUGACUCUCACAUAACUACACGAAAGCCGACAUCAUACGGAACGAAUACACACACUCCACCCACAAUCUUAUAGAUC